AUGCAGAAGAGCUGCGCGUGUCACUUCCUGUAUGGCCCGGAGACGAGCGACCGGUCGACGGCUCAGAUCCAAGGAGCUCUGGACGACCGGAGGGAGUUCAAGACCGAGCUGGUCUUCUACAAGAAGGAAGGUACACAGUUCUGGUGCCUCCUGGACAUCGUGCCCAUUAAGAAUGAGAAGGGCGAGGUGGUUCUGUUCCUCGUGUCCCACAAAGACAUCACGGACAAGAAGAAGGACCAGGAUCCUGAGCAAGGACCCGACACUGAUGAGGAGACGGGUUUGGAGGUGCAUCAGGUAACUCGCCCUCCGGGUUUUAACGCCAACCGGCGCCGCAGCCGAGCCGUGCUCUACCACCUGUCAGGACACCUGCAGAAACAAGACAAGAGCAAGCUCAAGAUCAACAACAACAUGUUCGGGGAGAAACCUCCGAUCCCAGAGUACAAAGUAGCAGCCAUCCAGAAGUCUCGCUUCAUCCUGCUGCACUACGGCACCUUCAAGGCCGGCUGGGAUUGGCUGAUCCUGCUGGCGACCUUCUACGUGGCCGUCACCGUGCCCUACAACGUGUGCUUCACGGUGGGCGGCGGGCGGGACGAAGGCAGCAGCAGCGCCCCGCGGAGCCCGCCCAGCGUCAGUGACAUCCUUGUGGAGAUCCUCUUCAUUUUAGACAUCCUGCUGAACUUUCGGACUACAUUCGUGAGCACGUCUGGUCAGGUGGUGUACGACGCACGCUCCAUCUGCGUGCACUACGUCACCACAUGGCUCUUUGUCGACCUCAUCGCCGCCCUGCCCUUCGACCUGCUGUACGCUUUCAACGUCAGCGUGUACUUUGGAGUCCACCUGCUGAAGACGGUCCGGCUGCUGCGGUUGCUGCGGCUGCUGCAGAAGUUGGAGCGUUACUCGCAGUACAGUGCCGUGGUCCUCACCCUGCUCAUGUCCAUGUUCGCCCUGCUGGCCCACUGGAUGGCCUGCGUCUGGUACUUCAUCGGCCGUAAGGAGAUCGAGAGCCCCGGCUCCUGGGACAUCGGUUGGCUCCACGAACUCGCCAAACGUCUGGGGACUCCGUACUUUCUGUCUCCACUCUCAACACUGGUUCCCUCGUCGGUCAGCAGCCUCCCGACCAACGCCAACCAGUGGAACAGCUCGGAGGCUGCAGGACAGGGAAGCUGGAACUCCAGCCAGUUCUACGGGAAUGUGUCCGGGGCCGGAGGAGGUGGAGGAGGAAGUCUGGGGGUUCUGGGCGGCGGUCCGUCGAUGCGCAGCAGCUACGUGACCUCGCUGUACUUCGCUCUGAGCAGCCUGACCAGCGUCGGGUUUGGAAACGUGUCAGCCAACACGGACUCAGAGAAGAUCUUCUCCAUCUGCACGAUGCUCAUCGGAGCGCUGAUGCACGCCGUGGUGUUCGGUAACGUCACCGCCAUCAUCCAGAGGAUGUACUCACGCCGCUCGCUGUAUCACACCCGAACCAAGGACCUGAAGGACUUCAUCAGGGUCCACCGGCUGCCCAAAGCCCUCGAGCAACGCAUGCUGGAGUGUUUCCAGACCACCUGGUCGGUCAACAAUGGGAUCGACGUCAGUGAGCUCCUGAAGGACUUCCCAGACGAGCUGAGGGCUGACAUCGCCAUGCACCUGAACAAGGAGCUGCUGCAGCUGCCUCUGUUCGAGUCGGCCAGCCGGGGCUGCCUGCGCUCCCUCAGCCUCAUCAUCAAGACCUCCUUCUGCGCUCCGGGAGAGUUCCUCAUCCGUCAGGGAGACGCUCUGCAGGCCAUCUACUUCGUCUGCUCGGGCUCCAUGGAGGUCCUGAAAGACAACACUGUGCUGGCUAUCCUGGGUAAAGGAGACCUGAUUGGCUCCGACUCCCUGACGAAGGAGCAGGUGAUCAAGACCAACGCCAACGUCAAAGCUCUGACCUACUGCGACCUGCAGUACAUCAGCCUGAAGGGGCUCCGCGAGGUGCUGCGCCUUUACCCCGAGUACGCCCAGAAGUUCAUCAGCGAGAUCCAACACGACCUCACGUACAACCUGCGGGAGGGACAUGGAGCCGACGUGGACUGGGAAAGCAACGGCGGUCUGGUGAAGAAGCUGCCGUCCAUCCGCGAGGACGAGGAGGGCGACGAGGAGCCCAACUCGGUGUCCAGGGCCCCUCGCUCGCCGCUGCACCUCAGCCGGGGCCUCAACUCGCCACUGCGCUCGCCUCUGCUGCCUCCGAGGCCUUUCCGAGCCCCGUCCGACUCACGGCCUUCCACCCUGCAGAUCCCAGUGGUCAGCUUCAGCAGCGCACCGCCUGAACUCAGCCCCAGAUUCGUGGACGGCAUCGAAACCGAGAGCAACUCCACAGCCUCGCAGAAGUUUGAGUUCAGCCCCAGUCUGUCACCUGCAGCUCCACCUUCUCCAUACCCAGGUAUCNACACAGAGAUCAAGCAGAGUGUCUCCAAACUGACUGAGGAGAUGAACAGUCUCUCUAAACAAGUCUCCACACUCAGUCAGGAGCUGCAGGAAAUGACACGCCUGCUGAAGCCCCUCCUCCAACCAGCACCGCAGCCCGUCCUGAUGACCAUGAUGCCCAACCUGACCCCGCCUCCCAGCAGCGCCAGCCAGUUGUCAUCGAGCUGCCUGGUGCCGCCGCCCACCACCACGCCCUGCUUCCUGCAGAGACCCGACACUCGCUCCCUGUUGGACAGCGGAGACAUCGAGGGAGUGGAUUUGCCAGGAUGCCUUCUCCCGACUCCUCAUUCACCACAAAGGCCUAAUUCAUCUCCUCCAGCGUCGGUGCAGCCCCUGUCCAACCCCUCAGGGGGCAGCAUCACGAGGCCCAGCCUUCCCUCACCUGAGGAAGGACUUCCAGAGGGGUCCCCGGCCCCCCGAAGCCUCCACGCCUCCUCCAGUAACGGGAUAUUUGUUCCCUCGCUGCAGGACCAGCCUCCCCUGGCCUCCCACACCCCAUCGCCUUCCCUCUCCUUCUCCCUGUCCCUCACCUCCUCGCCGUCCCUCUCCCCCUGCCAGGGUCCUCACCUGUCCAGGCCCGGCAGCUGUGCCAGCAGAGGCCUGCUGCCCCCGCCUCCCUCCCAGGACGCCCCUCGUCCCCCGCCCUCCCACUGCUCGGCUCCCCCGUCCCUCACGUCCUCCCCUGGAGCUCAUCGGCGGAGACCUUCCCCGUCCGUCCCCGUCGUGUCCACCUCCAGCUCCGUCCACCCCUCCACCGUCUCCCUGCCACUGUGUCUGGACUUUGCGAGAAAAGAUACCCAGACUUGGUGUAACUCCCAGCAGCACCACAGGGGGGAGGGGAGAGAUGCCGCUCGCCCCCAGGAGCUGGAGAUGCAGGAGUGGGGGAGGCAGGUGGAGGAGGGGAGGUCAUCCACGGAGCACAUCAGCUUCAUCGACGAAGAGGAGCCGGCAUUAUGA